AUGACUAUCUACACGUCUGCCUGGCCGUCGGUGCCAGUGCCCAACCAGUCCCUGUACACGUGCAUGUUCUCGCAACAUUUCGACCCCGCAUCAGUAGCCUUCACGGACGCGCUCACUGGAAAUACGCUCAAGCGUGCCGAGUUACACGAUUUGACACUACAAGUCGCGCACAGUCUGCGCACCCAGCUUCAGGUCACGCGCGGAGACACUGUGCUCAUAUUCUCGCCAAACUCCCUUGCAUGGCCUAUCGCACUGCUAGGUGUAAUUGCCGUCGGUGGACGCGCGACACUCGCCAACUCCGCGUACACGCCUCAGGAGCUCGCACACCAGUACACCGACUCGCGCGCGCGCGUCAUAUUCGUACACCCAGAUCUCGUCCCCACGGCCUUGGCGAUGUUCAAGUCUAUCGGUGUGCCGAAGGAUGAGGCGAGCCGCAGGAUUGUAGUGAUGGAGAUUGGUCGCACCACUCGUGAUGGGAUACGCGGGCUGCAGGACCUCGUUGGCAAGGGCGCUCUGAAGAAGGAGGAGGCGUUUGACGGCGAGCUUGCGAAUGAAACAGUUCUCUUGUGCUACUCGUCAGGAACAACGGGCAAGCCUAAAGGAGUUGAGACGACGCAUCGCAAUCUGACGGCUAUGCUUGUCAUGCUCGACAGUAUGAAAGUCACUUCGGCAGAGAAGGACGUCAUCAUUGCUACUCUACCCUACUAUCACAUAUACGGUGUCGUGCAGUUGCUAUUCUACGAGCUGUUCAUCGGCGUGUCCACGAUCAUCCUUCCCAAGUUUAACCCCGAAGACUUCUGCGCAGCUAUCGAACGUUUCAAGGUCACGACAGCCUUCAUCGUACCGCCCAUCGUGCUCGCACUGGUACAUCACCCAGCCGUCGAGAAGUACAAUAUGAAGAGCUUGGUAUACAUCUCUUCCGGUGCGGCACCCCUGAGCGCCGACCUUGUCGCGGCAGCACGUACCCGUCUCGGCAACAUCGCAGUCGGCCAGGGCUACGGCCUAACAGAAACUUCACCUGUCACGCACAUGGUACCUCGGCCAGUCGCAGCAACCACCAACAAGAUCGGCACAGUGGGUCUGCUCGUACCAAAUCUCGAAGCCCGUUUGGUGGUCGCCGAGGGUCCAGAUGGAGAGGGAACCGAGGACGCGAAGGUUGGAGAACCGGGUGAGGUUUGGGUGAGGGGCCCCAGCAUCAUGAAGGGCUACUUGAACAGACCGGAUGCGACUGCAAAUUCGAUCACGCCCACGGGAUGGUUCAAAACGGGAGAUAUUGGAAUCGUUGACCAGGAUGGGUUCUUCUCCAUCGUUGACCGCAAGAAGGAGCUUAUCAAGUACAAGGGUUUCCAAGUGCCGCCAGCUGAGUUGGAGGGCAUCCUUCUUCAGCAUUCAGACAUCGUAGAUGCAGCUGUGAUCGGCAUUGAAGAUCCGGCGCAAGCGACUGAGCUCCCACGCGCAUACGUCGUGCACAAAGAUGGUCUGACUCGCGCCCCGAAGUCUUUCCCUAAAGAUGUGCAGCAGUGGAUCGCAGGGCGCGUCGCGAAGCACAAGUUCCUUCGUGGCGGUGUUGUAGUUGUGGACAUCAUACCAAAGAGCGCCGCUGGCAAGAUCUUGCGCAGAGAGCUGCGCGAGCGCGCAAAGCUGGAAGUCGGCAAGAUCAAGGCGAAGUUGUAA